UCUUUCCACUGGUAAAGAAGAAGAAGAACGAGGCAAAUUAGCUUAGCGGUGUAUGAACACCGGUUGUUUACAAAAACAAAACAUUACCGUAUUUAUUUGAAAUACACGGGUUGACAAACGAGAGCUCAGAGGUGGACGAUGUCAGUCGCAGCUUUACGUCUGAUCCGCUGUCGGAAACUGAGCACAGCUGGGCCGCCGGGUGUGAACAAAGUGCUCCAGUGGAAGGAUUUAAGAAAAGUUGCCAAAGUUACUGGUGCUGUUAUCUUGGGGGGCUGUCUUUUUAUCACUUAUGAGAUGGUGGCCUUGGAAAAGGCUGUGACCAUAGAUACAAGUGCAGUUCUUCAGGAGAAAUAUAAGUCAUAUAUCUAUCUGAAAGCCACUCCUGCAGCAGAAAAGGAGAAUCUAACUGCAGGCCUCAUUUAUAAAGCAAGAAAGGAACUACACAAAGCAGCACGGCGAUUUAUGGAAGCAUCCUCCAGACUGUUUCUGCAGUCAUUAGAUGAGCACUUAAGCCAUGUAGAUGCAGACCCACACGAAGUUGCAUUAUGGGUGCUGCUGAAGCAGACACAGUCGGCUAACAAAGCCAUCAGACUCCAGGCCGUCCAGGAGCUGGCAGACAAUCACCACUGGCAUGCCUACCAGUACCAGACAGCAGCCCAGGUCAUUGAUCAGAGGACAGCCGUGGGAUUGGCAAGAACCCCCCAUGUAGACCUAAGGUUCUUCCGACAACCCCCUGCACUUCCAGACUUGGAAGAUGGAACGUCGGUAGAAGAAGGACUUUGGCAGCUGUUGGCGUCUCUGCCACAGUCUGAGGUGGAUAAAUGCGUCCAGUACUUUACCUCACUGGCACUCAGAGAAAGCACUCAGUCCAUGGCGGCUCAAAGGGGCGGUCUGUGGUGUUUUGGUGGGAAUGGGCUUCCUUAUGCGCAAAGUCUCACUUCUGUUCCUUCAGAAAAGGUGGAGUCCUUCUGCCUGCAGGCGCUGGUGCAGCACUCCAAGGUAAUUGAUAAGAAGAAAAAUAACGUUCUUCAGGUGCAAAGUCACUGUGACCACAUAGUGGCAAAAGGGGGGCUGCUUCUCCUUCAAAGGAUUUAUCAGCUCAGAAGAGACUCUCCUAAAAUUCAGAGAAACAUUAUUCGUAUUAUCGGAAACCUUGCACUGAACGAAAGUGUCCACCGGGAUAUAGUUCAGUCGGGCUGGCUGUCCAUCCUGGCUGAGAUGAUGCAAUCCCCUCAUGUCACACAGGUGUCUUUCGCAGCUCGAGCUCUGGCCAACCUGGACCGGGAAAGUGUGGUGGAGAAGUACCAGGACGGCGUCUACAUACUCCAUCCACAAACACGUAACGGGCAGCCUGUAAAGGCAGACGUGCUGUUCAUUCACGGAAUCCUAGGAGCUGCUUUCAAAACAUGGAGGCAGAAGGACAGUAGUUUACAGCAGGAGGAGACGGAAAUGGAAAGCAGAAGUGAUUACACAGAGUGUUGGCCAAAGUCAUGGUUGGCCGAGGACUGUCCAAAUCUGAGAGUGCUAUCGGUGGAGUAUGACAGUCACCUGAGCGACUGGAUGUCCAAGUGUCCUGCUGAAAAUCAAAGGAAGUCUCUGGCCUAUAGAAGCCAAGAGCUGCUAAAGAAGUUAAAGCAAGCAGGAGUUGGGGAAAGACCUGUGGUCUGGGUAGCCCACAGUAUGGGAGGAUUGCUUGUAAAGAAAAUGCUUCUGGACGCAUCAGAGGAUCCAGAAAUGAAAGGCUUGUUAAAGAACACUAGAGGUGUAUUGUUCUAUAGCGUUCCUCAUCAUGGAACCUUCAUGGCCGAAUACUCAGUCAAUGUCAGAUACCUUCUUUUUCCAUCUAUAGAAGUCCGAGAACUUUGUAAAGAUUCACCAGCUUUGUCCAGUCUGAAUGAAAGUUUUGUGAACAUCGCAAAGGAAAAUGACUUUAAGGUGAUGAGCUUCGCAGAAUCGCAGGCCACAAACGUCGGACCUAUGAUCAAAAUAGUUGUGGUGCCAAAACAGUCCGCAGACCUCGGCAUCGGAGAACUCGUCGAGGUAAACGUGGAUCACCUCAACAUCUGCAAGCCAGAGAAGAAGGAUUCGUUUCUGUACAAACGCAGCCUCCAGUUCAUCCAGGAGGCCUUGCAGAGUUUUAGCAGCCAGUGACUCUUUAUCCGCACAAAGACAAUGAUGCAGACUACUGCAUACUUGAACUGUGGAGAGAAAAAAUAUGCACAUGCCCCCCUUCCGGGAUGUCUUUUGUUAAACAUGAACAAAUAAUGUGAAGUGUGAGGGAUCACUCAAUAUUUAGACUAACUUAAAUGAAAACUUUCAGCUCUGAUAACGAGACUUAUUUUUAACUCACUCCUCAUGAAUAACUUAAUUGUAAAUCGGAUCACUUUUGCAAAUAAUAUUUUUACAGUUUUUUGUCAUGUUUAGAGUUGGAAACAGAUUGUUAAUAUUUUAAUUAUUAUUCUGAGAUGUAAUACUUACGUAAAUGAUCUGUAAUAUUCUGAAAAGAAUUUCUUCCCCGCAUUUAUUUUUAUAUUUGAGAGUUUUAUCCCCCAAAAAGCACAAUGUCAGUCAUAAUUGGUGCCAAAAUGUAUUUCUUUUCCUAAGCCUUACCAUAGACUCCUCCUUGUCUAUUUAAAAAAACAUUUAUUUUUUUUAAGUAAUGAUGUGAUUGAAUUUUGCCGUAGCACAAUUGCCACUAAAAAUUCCCAUCGCUGUCAAUAAAUUACUGAAAAAUCUCA